GGACUCCCUCAAUGUGAAACCGUCUUUAGGAUUCUGUACUGCCCUUUUUUGUCAUCAUAUUAUUUUUUAAAUCUAGCUUUGCGCAAAGCAAAGAAUCUUUUGUCCCCACUUCUCAAUCUCUAUCCAUCUAUUCAGAUCCUCCGCCUCCUCCUCCUCCGCCUCCUCCUGCGCCUUGUAAUACCCAACAAAAACACAUCUCAAUUCCACCAAGCUGUGUGUGUGUGUGUGGUGUGAUUUUAAGCAGAGGAGAAGGAUGGGUGCGGAGGAGGAGGAGGUGGAGAAAAAACAUGCUCUGAUAUUCACGUACGGGACGUUGAAGAAGGGGUUCUCGAAUCACGGACUUCUCCAGGAAAUGAUGGAAGCAGGGGAGGCUAAAUACCUGGGAGUAUACAGAACCGUGGAGAAGUUGCCGCUGGUGUGCGGUCCAUACAGGGUUCCAUUCUUGCUAAACUUCCCUGGAUCUGGAGACCAUGUGUUGGGGGAGCUCUAUUCCAUCUCUGCAGAUCGGGCACUCAUCCGCAUGGACGACUUGGAGGGUACGAGCCGCGGCCACUACGAGAGGCUCCCUGUGAAGCUGGUUGGAGAUGAAGAUGGAGAUGGAGAUGGAGAUGAUGAUGGUGAUCGUGAGGUAAUAAGGUGGGCGGAGGCGUAUUACGCACACAGGAGUUAUGCGGAGGGGAUGUGGGAGAGAAACAGAGACAAGGAGGAGGGAUACUUUAGUAAUUACACGGACAAACAGGCCAAAGGAUACGUGCAUCGCAAAGAUAGGCCUCAACACCUCUCUUUCUUGGAUCAUAUUCGACUGUUCCUCUCCUUCUCCACUGAUUGAAAUCUUUUGUAAAUAUAUAAUAAUCAUGCUGCUGCUGCUGCUGCUGCUUCUUUUUCUGCUGAUGUUGUUUUUCCAGCUAAAAGUUGAACUGAAUCAAAAUUUUUGAUCGGAAAGGAUCAUUAAAUGAAAGAAUUUUAUCGGUAAGAAUCUUUGAAAAAAGUCAACUGUCAAUAAAAAUCUUUCCUUUAAUAUCUUUUCCAAUCAAAAUUUUCUAUUUAAUAACUCUUUCCGAUCAAAAAUCUCAAUUUUUUGAUCUAAUUAAAAUUUUAAUCAGAGAUAAGUCACAGUAUCCAUGUUGCUGUGUACUACUUGUACUGAUUCAUUAUGAAAGUCCUUUGAUUCAUUCUCUCUGCA